GUCGGCUCGGUGCAGUCUCCCAUCAGGUUGGUACAGUCACGGUGAAAGGCUAGGUACAUCCUCAACAAGACCUCAUGGGCUAUUCGGAAUUUCGCGUCAGUUUUCCUUUGUCUGUCAACCUUAACAUUCUCAAUUUGGUUCCGUUUGAUUGAUUUGAUUGUUGUUGGAAGAUUGUCUCAUACAAUCUUCAUGCUGCCUCCCUGCCUAUUGCUAUGAUUCGUUUGGCACAAUCACAAGCUACAAACGGCAGAGCGUCUUCACUAUAAGAUGAUGUAGACUCUCAUGCUGAUGCUGUUGUUGCUGACUAUUCCCUCUGUGGACAUCUCAAACCCUCAAAUUGUAUUCACAUCUUGGAAAAAUAUACCUUCAUCUUACAUCACGGACGUGUUAUUCAGCCCUUGCCCAUGCAGAUGCCAGCAACACAUUCACUGACAAUACACAACAAUCCUAUUACCACCAAACAGGACGAUACCAUGGCUGAGCAAAGAACCCUCAAACCACAAUUCUUCUUGACCCGCCAAAAUGGCGCCAUGGUCCCUCUGGUGGCAAUGGACGAAAUGCCAAUCCACGUACAGAUCCGCGGUGUCCCUCGAAGCCUGACCGCAUUCGAAAUUGCUGGCAUGACACCUCUCGGACUCGUGGAAUCUCGUCAUGAGUACCACAUUGUUGAAGCGAUGAACAAUAUGAACAACAUUGGUCAUCGAAAUACCACAACGGGCCAGAAGCCAACAGAUCUCUCCUCCUCGUUCGUCCCUCCACAGAUGCGACUUGCUCCUUGCCCUUCACCAAUUGUCAAGUUUCCUGGCAAUACCGAACACCUGAGUGAGACAGGCAGUGCCUCUCUGUCCACGGAGGAAGGCAAGACCAGCACUCGUCCAGGGAGCUCGGGCGAAUCAAGCAUUCACAGCGACGCCGCACUACCUGCAGUGCCGGCUUGGAGGCAAAAUGCGACCACGAAUGUCACCGCGACCACGAGCAAGGUCGAAGAGAGCAAGAACGCCGGCAACACAGCAACAACUGCUGGCAAUGUUCCAACUCCAUUGACGGGCAAGAAAAUAUACUGCUCGUAUUGGCUCCGCAAAGGCGAAUGCGACUUUGCUCAACAAGGGUGCAUCUACAAACACGAGAUGCCAACAGACCUUGAGACCUUGCAGAGUGUCGGCUUCACGGACAUUCCAUUGUGGUACCGCCAACGUUACGACCUGGGCAGUCUCAACGUUGAAAAUGGCCGCAACAACCCAAGUUUUGGGGUGGCAGAUCGCAACAAGCCCAGCCCACCGCGAAACUUCCAGGUCGGCGACAAUGCCAAGCGUAUGAUUCGCAAUCAGAUCGGCCCGGUCAAUCGCUCGUACUCCCCACGGGGUGGGCGCGCAAACGGUCGCCGACAAGACGAACGCCGGGCACAACUCGAAGCCGGGGAGAAGAGGCAGAGAGAGACCGAUGCGGCGAUCGAAGCCGUCAUCGCUGCCGAGGCGGAGCGGGAGAGGGAACGAGAAGCACUGAUGAAAAAAUUCCCGUGCCUGGCACCAGAGAAUCGCGGCGUGUUCGUGGGUCACGAGGACCUCUUGACCGAAACGUUCAGCAACGGCGAAGAGCCAAACGACAUGCACGCGCAGAUCAGAAAGAUCGAACAGGCAGCAUGGGAGGAGGAGCAGACCGAGCGGCAGAAGAAGCUGGAGGAGUUGGAGGAAAAGGAGAUGCAGCGGCCGGAGGGCAAGGCUGCGGGAGGGAGCAAGAAGGGGCAAGGAAAGAAGAAGGGCGGGAAGGGCAAGAAGAAGUAG